AUGUCUUUCGCUAACCAGCAUUCUCCGGUAACGCCUGGGUUUCAGCCGCCGAACACAUCAAGAGCAGCACAGAUAGGCUCUAUGCAAGUUCCUCAAGUGUCUAGUGAGAUGGGCCAUAACUUCUCAACUGCCUUAUUUGAUCCCAGCAAUCCCGCGAUAUUCAAUUUUGACCUCGAAGGCCUGAAUUUUGGGAACCAUUACGGCGCGCUUGAAUUUGAGAUGCUUGGCCAUAUGUCUUCUGGGGCCGCGGAGGCUCCUCCCAGAGACGCUAUAGCUCAUCCUCCCGGGACGGAUGUUAACUACGGAUCUACGCCAGUAUAUCGAAAUGGGGUCAAUCAAUAUAAUCAUAAUCAUAUAUAUGAGAAUGGCAUGAACGACGGCUUCAUGAACGUUGAUCCUAGCAACGGCGGCACAUAUCCGGGUAAUCUGCAGCAUGGCUUGCCUCAUGCGUACGCCGUGGCGGCCGCCGGACCGACGCCAAAUAGUCUAGCGAGUCCAAGCACAGACAAUACGUCAAGCCCGCAACCCACAGGCUAUGGAUUCGAUAAGUCGCCAACUGCAAGCACCUAUACACCUGCCAGCUCUCAACCAAUCGCUCAACCUACACGACCAAAACCAAAGUCCUCUGGUUCCACGGGCCGGUUUGGGCCUCAGUCUAUUUUAGGCAAACGACAACGCGACCCAUCUGCGAUCUAUGACACUGUCACUGAGCCCUAUCCAUAUCUUACUGGGUUUCAUAAUCUGAUCGCAUUUGUUCAGCGAAGGUUUUCCGCCAAUAAGACUCUACGCAUUGCCAAGUCUCUUGCUAGUAUCCGACCCUCAUUCAUUGCAUGCACAAGGAAUCUUAAUCGGCAAGAUCUUAUUUUCAUGGAAAAAUGCCUACAGCGGACUUUAUUCGAAUACGAAGACUUCAUGGGUCAUUGCUCCGCGCCAACUAUUGUCUGCCGAAGAACUGGAGAAGUGGCGGCUGUAAACAAAGAAUUCAUUGCUCUGACUGGAUGGACCAAAAACAUACUGCUAGGAAAAGAACCUAACAUGAACGUUAAUAAUGGUCGGUCGGGAUCCGAGUUGAGUAGCCUCGGUAGCACAGGCAAGUCCGAGUACACUACGCCGCGGCUAAGAACAGCCCAACCAGACUUGGGCAAGGCCUCGGAAGGCAAGAUACAGCCGGCCUUCAUUGCAGAGUUUAUGGACGAUGAUAGUGUGGUUCAAUUCUACGAAGAUUUCGCUCAGUUGGCCUUUGGCGAUAGUCGCGGCCAUGUCACGAGAAAAUGCCGACUCCUCAAAUAUCGAACGAAGGAAAUGAGCGAGCCUUUAAGCAGUGACGAAUCGACUCACAAGGACCGGCGCAACAGUAGCAUUCUGAGCAAUAGGGUCACGCGGAUAGAUGGAGAACACGGGAUCUCCAAACUCGAAAAGGAUGGUAAAAUCGACUGCACAUUCUGCUGGACUAUCAAGCGCGAUGUUUUUGAUAUACCAAUGCUGAUUGUCAUGAAUUUCUUACCGUGUUACUACCGCAAUCAGGACCAAUUGGCUGUAUAG